CAUAUACAAACAUUCAACGCAUCACGCAAUACACAGACAACUGGAUGUAGCGAUUCACAGUCAGAUUUCCACACACACACACAUUCUGAGCGUAGACCAGUGUUAACGCAAGUGGAUCUUUAUACAUUGUCAGUGCAGCAAAUGGCUCUUUGUAUACAUGCAUAAAAGCACAACGCUUUUCUUCAGCUGCGGCAAUUCAUGUCCACUUUUCUCCGAGCAGCUGUAUAGCGAGCCAGAUAAAACACACCAUAAGUUGGCACGACCUCCGCACCCUACAGCAGACACCCUGCCAAGCGGCGCUCGCACGUAGUCCUCUACCUGCGCUUUUCCCCGCUCCUGCACCUGCAGCCGGACAAAGCUAUGAAGCAGGCUCUUCUGGAGGUAAUGAGGAUGAAUCGGAUCUGCCGGAUGGUGCUGGUCACUUGCCUAGGAUCCUUCAUCCUGGUCAUCUUCUAUUUCCAAAGUAUGUUGCACCCAGUAAUGCACAGAAACCCAUUUGGAAUGGACAUCUGUUGUCGGAAGGGGUCUCGAAGUCCAUUGCAAGAGCUCUACAAUCCAACACAGUUGGAACUGUCCAGCACUGCUGUUUUGCAUCAAAUAAGACGAGAUCAGGUUACGGACAUGUGCCGGGCAAACAGUGUGGCGAACAGGAAACGCCGUGUGCUGACACCCAAUGACCUGAAACACCUGGUAGUGGAUGAAGAUCACGAGAUGAUCUAUUGUUAUGUACCGAAAGUAGCGUGUACCAAUUGGAAGAGGGUCAUGAUGGUUCUUUCUGGAAGAGGUAAAUACAACGAUCCGAUGGAAAUACCAGCCAAUGUGGCCCAUGUAUCAUCUAACUUGAAGACUCUCAACCAGUACACCAUCCCAGAGAUCAAUCACCGCUUGAAAAAUUACAUGAAGUUCCUUUUCGUCCGCGAGCCUUUUGAGAGAUUGGUCUCUGCCUACAGAAACAAAUUCACACAAAAGUAUAACACCUCUUUCCACAAGCGGUAUGGAACCAAAAUCGUUAGACGUCAAAGGAAAAAUGCCACUCAGGAAGCUCUGCAUAAUGGCAAUGAUGUCAAGUUUGAGGAGUUUGUAGCUUACCUUAUCGACCCUCAUACCCAAAAAGAAGAGCCUUUUAAUGAGCACUGGCAAACGGUCUUUUCUCUGUGCCAUCCGUGCCACAUCCACUAUGACCUCAUUGGAAAGUAUGAAACUUUAGAAGAAGAUUCCAAUUAUAUUCUAAAGCUUGCAGGAGUUAGUGACUAUUUGAAAUUCCCCACCUUUGCAAAAUCUACCAGAACUACUGAUGAAAUGACAGCCGAAUUUUUCCAGAAUAUCAGCUCAGAACACCAAAUGCAAUUGUUUGAAGUCUACAAACUUGAUUACUUAAUGUUUAAUUACUCAAUGCCAGCCUACCUGAAAAUUGAGUAAGGACAGCCACUGUUUCCGUUGAAGGAUUUUGUUAUCAUGAGGGUAGAUGGUUAUUUUGUAAAUUAAAAGGGGUGGGAUAGGUCUUUAAUUUGUGCUGCGAGCAGCAUAAACAACAUUAUUUAAAUUUCUUUUCAAGGACAAGAGGAAAUUUAAGCUAGUAUGAAAGAUUACAAACUUCUACAUUGUUCUCAGUUUCCACAGCGCCUUUACUCUCUAUAUAAAUUAUUUAUAGUUAUUUAAGUUACAUCUCAUGGCACAAUUGUGUCUGUCAAUAUAAUAUAUACAUAUAUACAGUAAAUGUGUAUAUAGAUUUGUGUGUGUGUAUGUAUAUAUAUAUGUACAUAUUUUGAAAAAGCCAAAUAUUAAGCAAACCAUUUUCAUGUUUAAUUUUCUACGUUUUUUUUUAAAAUUCCAUUUACGGUAUUAUGAAAUAUAAAAAAAGGUUAAUGUUGAAAUGAAAAAUAUGACUAAAUACAAACAUUUCUCUCAAAUAAAAGAAUGAUUUGUAAUAUUCACAAAAAUACAUAUGUAUAAGCGUUUUAAGCCGUGACAGUACUUAGUUGCUGUGGACUGAUGCUUUGGCAAA